AUCGCGGGGAAGUUGAAUUCUGUCCAAAAUUCAACUGGUUGGAUGGUGGCUUCAUCUAGUACUGUACUUCACAGGAGACAAAUUUUAGUCCUAAAGAUUGUAAUAAUAAAUAGGACGUGCUGCUUUGCUGCUUUAAAAUGCAUACGGCAUGUUAAAUGAGAUAGACAUUUUGAAUACCUUAACUAAAGGUGUAAACGACUUUCCACCUCAAGUAAAUGAUAAUUUCUGUACUGAAGGAACAUCAGAUUCCUCUUCACCAUGGAGUUUCAGUCUCAAUCAACCUCAUCGUCCAUUUUCUCAUCCAUCCCGCAUAUAUGAUAAAGAAUUAAACUCUCCGUGCAACUCUGAAGUCAACACAGAUACACACUUGGUUAGUUAUGCUAGACCGUCUAGCACACCAGCAUCCAAUAAGUCUGUUAAACUUCCUGGAAAAAGACUUGCAGCAUUUUGUCUGUCAUCUGGAGUCUUUCUGUCGUCAAGUCAAUGUGAUAAAAAUCCUGUUGUUGAAAAGCACGAGUCACUCUUAACUGACAGUCAUGCACCUGUAUCGUCCACUCUACUCAAAGAGGAAUCAUCUUUCAAUCCUGUUGUGGAUAAUAAAAUAAAUGACUCAGGUCUGCAUAAUGAGGACGGUACAGAUCUGCUCUUUGUUCCAAAGAUAUUGCCAUCAACAAUGGAAACUAAUGAAGCGUAUGACAAUGAUAUCAUUUCUGAGCUUAACGUAAAUCAGUCAUUCAAUAGAGAGAGUACAUUAAGGGCGGGAAUUAAGCGUCCACAUUCUGCUGCGCUUUGUCAUACUUCCUUCUUGGAAGGUGAAGAUCCUCUAAUGCGCCCCCUGUCAGCGCCAAAGCGUUUGAUUGAAGAGAUACAUUUAUCUUCAAACUUAAAUAGCAUCCUUGCGUCUCCCGAUGGUACUCCAGUGGCAUCUGUCAAGUACACAGACAUCAACACUGAGGCCCCUAAAUCAACUCUUGAAGCAUUAGUGGCUUCAACCUCACCACUUAUGUUCUUUCCUCAUGAAUUUUCCAUAGAAACCGAGUGUGGCGAUAAAUUUGGAGAGUUUGCACCUGAAGUUUCACAUAACUUGAUGAGUCGAAAUGUAAUGAGUGAUUUAUCCUAUUCAAUCGAUUUAACAUCACCAAAUACUGAAUUAUCUACCAAAGGAGAGGCUGAUUUGAAUGCUGUUAAUUCAGUUUCUUCUUCAAAGUCUAUGACAUCAUUGGAUCUGAAUGAUCCUAACUUAAAAUGUCCAGAUUCUCAUGGUAGCCAAAAGUCUGUAUGUAGUGAUUUAGGUUUAGUGACUGAUGUUGGAUUGGAGGGUAAUAACACAGCAACAACACAUAUUAAUGAAUAUGUUCAGGCUAUAAAAACAUACGCUGCUGAGUUGUGUCCAGUGGAUUGUGUAAUUUUGCUUGAACAAUGUCGACCUUUCAACUGUGAUAGUCUCUUUAUGAAGUACUUCCGUGAUCAAUAUCUUUGCCCAAUUUUAAGCAAUUUAAACGGCGGUCCUCCACUCAAUGCUGAUUUUGGAAGAGAUGCAUAUACAUCCCUGUACUCACUUCAUGGUUACUGCUGGCGUAAACCUUUGGAAACAACCAUUUUAGUCCCUGAUACUCCUAUAAUUUAUAAGAUUCUCAAAAGAGUUGCAACCAUUCAACAUGAAGCACGUCAUGCUAAUGAAGAGUUAAAUCCUUCUGAAAGUACACCAGGUGAUCAAUUGUUGCAAGCAGCAGUGCGAGAAUUUGAUGCUAUUGAUCGAGCAAGACGUGGUUUAUGCAAAAAGGUGCAACGACAUUUAAUCCUUCUAGCCAUGUCUCCAGUCAACAUAAGUCAACUGAAGCAAUCAGAAUCAUCAUAUACAGAAUUGGGAAUAGAAGACGUGAAUUUAGAUUCUUUAGAGUAUCCACUAAAGAAUUUAAAGAUGAGAGGAGUCGCUUUGAGUGUUUUUUCACCCAUCCGAAGUCCAAGUCUUUUUAAACUCUAUGAACUAGUUAAUGGUGUUCCACCUUUGCCCUUCUAUGAUCGACGUUGGCAGACGGUUGCUCUAUCAGAUAAAUUGUUACAAGCGGAUAUACCUGAAAGACGAAUUGUUGGGCCAUUGGCUGCAGCUUUUCAUGCUCAGACUGAAGCUGAACUAUCCGCUCUUGAGCAUAAACAACUUAUAACCGCCAAACAAACUUUUACAAAUGGACAUUCCAACCGAAUGCUUGAAAACUCUCAUCCGCCUCAAAAUACAACGCACACUAUUGACCAUAGUCCAAAUAAUCGUGGUAAUAUUACUGGCACAACGCAUAACAUAUAUCCACCACAGGAGCAGCAUUUACAACAACAGGCCAGUUACUCUGUAGAAACAACACCUGCUUAUGCUGUAAAUUCGAAUUCAUCAUUAGUUGUAGCUACAGAUGGUUCGUGUCGUAGCAAUCCUAGUAGUGGUGGUGGAAACAGUUCAUCACAGUACACAAAUGGUGCUUUGUCACCUAUGGCAAGUUCUCAGUUUUGUGCUAAUACAUCCCCUGUUGAUUCAUACCAGCGUGGUUCACGUAACUCUGCUCCGACUGUGUCGAUGCAACAACACCUACCACAAACCACUAAUUUGUCAGGUCAUCCUGUUCGUGGUGUAUGCGGAAGUGGACGUGUUGCUUCGGAUAAUGUACGAUCUGUUGAGGGGAUUACACCUUUAGCAAAUUCAUUAUCAACUGGUCAUUCUGGACCCAACUCAGUUGAUCAAACUCCUGGUAGUGUGUAUGGCUCAGAUUCAGUCGCUACACCCCAAGGAAUGUAUGCAUCUCAAGCCGGUACUGUUUCACCUUUACAAACAACUAAUGCUACUUACCCAGUUUCACAACUUCAUUCACCAGUUGCUUCUGGUGGAGUGCAAUCUCACCAACCAACGCCACCUGGAGUUCAUUCUUCAUACAAUAAUUAUCAUUUUAGUACCACUAGUCAAAUAUAUCAAUAUCAACAACAGUCUUUAUAUGAUCAAAAUGGUGGUUCCAAAGUAGUAAUAUCUGGUCCAACUGCUACACCUAAUUCUCUACAAAACUCAUUCCGCCCUCCAUCUAAUGCAGCCUCACCUAGUUCACAAUAUAUACCAACCACAAUGAAUACUACAGGUUUAUCAUCUCCAUGUUCAUCACGUGUGUCUAACAAACAGUAUUCACCUCAACUGACUCCCCACCAACAGGGUUCUCCUCAAAGUCGUCUAGCAUGUCCAACAGGAAAUCAAAAGUCAAUUCAUCCUCAGUUUGUUCGUGGCAAUCAACUCUCAGCACCAACAUUACCGAAUAAUCAAAUGAAUGAGAAUUUCACGUCACAUUCCAGAUCAAAUACUCCGACUAGUACAGCGUAUUCUAUUAAUAGUAAUAACACAACAGUUAAUUCCAGCCCAUUGAAUGCACAACAGUAUGCUAAUUAUAUAUCCAAAGAUACUUCACAACAUCAACAGACAUCACAACAACCGCAGAUGAAGAUAUCUAGUCCUCAAACUUCGUCGUCUCUUGUUGGGAAUGAUGUCAACUUAAUGCAGCUGUCGUCAUCGAAUAUGUCUACUCAAUCUGGUUUGACAGUGACGCAACAAACUCAUCGUCGAGGACACAUAUCGACAAGUUCUAAUAUGCCUAUCCAUCAGUCACCACAAAUUGUACAACAACAGCAACAGUUAUGUCCCAACAGAUCUGUAUUAUGGGAAGGUGAAAUUCAUGUGGCUGAUCCAAAUGGAAUGGCAAUAACUGGUCGUAUUCCAACUCGUUUUCUUUUAGAACAAUGUGCUGUGCGUGAUAUAAGCCAAAUAAAUAUGCAAAUGUGGGGCUCCGUUGCACAAUUAUCUGUCAUUCAAGCUUACAGAGAUAGUCCACUGGUUGAACGUCUGUCAAAACCUCUUGCUAAUGGUCAUUUAUUAGCUCGACUGUUGGUUGAUUUACCUGAUGCCAAGGAGGCCAGUAAUCUAAUUGGACUACUGUCACCACCACAAGGUAAUCAAAUGAUGAUCCCCUUAGGCAUACUGUCUCCAUCUUCUAUUCGCUUAUCUAAUCCUAUUCAACCGGGUAUUGUUGGAUUCAUUUGUUUAAUAUACAAUCCUAAACGUAAUCGAAUACACGGUCUCAUCCCCUAUGAUUCGGAGCAGUUUAGACAAGAUGUUUCAUUGGGACGCUAUACUAAUAAUUCACGAUCGAAUAAUAGUAAUAAUUUAACUCCUGAAUUAAAUAACAGUGGUGGUGUUCAGUCUACUACUAAUCAUUUUCCACGCGCACAUCCGAAUUCUCAGACAUUCCCUCAAGGAAAUUCUGAAAAUCAAGCAAUUAUGAUGAAUGUCAACUCACAAUACAUGAAUACAUUACAUGCAGGAAACAACAAUAGUAUUCCACUGUGUGAUACAAAUUCAUGUAGCAAUACUCAAUCGUCUUGUUUAAAUACUUCAUAUCAGUAUCAUAAUCAAUCGCACAUUCCACAGUAUAUGCCACAUGUUAAUACACAAGGACAAACCAAAUCACAAACAAUGAAUACUAGUACUAGUUAUCAAGGCAUUCAGUUAAAUCAACAACGAUCCACUCCUUCACCGCAUAAUGUACAUGAUAACAUACAAACAAGAUCGUGUAUACCAUCGUAUCCAUCGGAGUCAGAUGGAUCAACACACUGGUUGUCAUCAACAAAUCGAUCAGAUGGUGUUGUUGCUGGACAUCAACAAAAUUCACAGCUUUCUAUGCCAGGUGGUAGUACAAUCUUACAACAGUCAGUACGUACAUUGCAAUCAGGACUCAAUUCACAAAUGGUUCAGCAAUCUAUUGCUCAACGGUCUGGUAUGACCACUCCGUAUCCAGCUAAUGGUGCUUAUCACAGUCACUCACACAACCGACCUCCACUAGAUCGUCUCAGUGUACAGACACCGCUUCCUAUGCAGUGUAAUCAAAUGUCUGAACCUUUGGUUAUGAUGGAUCAACCUCCAAUUCACAAUUCUCCACUUACUGGUGUACUACUACAUGGUCAACAACAGCAACCACAAUCGAAUUCUCAUUUUGCCUCAAGUAAUGCGAGGUUUCAAGGCAAUGUUGGACCUGCUUCUGUCAGUUCUUAUCAUCGGAACACUGUGCCACAGAUUCAGUCACAAAACUCUGUGUACUCUCAACAACAGUUGUUUAAUCAACGAGAUCACUAUCUUUCUUCUCAGUCUCAAAGCCAUGUAACACCUAGUGGUAAUAUGACCAGUGGGUAUACGUGUUAUCCAUCUCGCAACACCAUGGUAACAAAUAAUAUGACAAAUCCAUCUGGACAUCGUUUUGUCUCUGGACCAUCGAAUUUAGCUGGCAUGCAGAUGUCUAAUCAACAACAGCCGCAUAUCCCUAAACAUCCACAUACAUCUCUACCUCCCCAGACAGAAACUUCAGGUAGUCGUCAUGGGACAUCAUUUAGUCAUCAGGGUGUACAUACGCGUCCUGGUCUGUCCAAUAACACUAAUUGUAAUACUUCGGUAGAUAGUCUUGGACCCCCUUUUGGCAUGACCUCACAAGAUCUUACACAGCAUAUGAUGCAAAAUGCCUUACACGGAUCACUUAGACAACAACCUUCAUAUGACCAUUGCGGUCCUGGAGAUACUGGGGGUGGUGGUGGUAGUAGUAGUGGUGGUAAUACUGGUUCUCAGGGCUUCUUUUAAUUGUUUUGAUUCAUCUCAUGCAAACUAUUUUGUCUAACAUUCUGUGAUUUCACUUAUUUAGUGUCGUGCCUGAUCUUGUCACCAUUGUCUUGAGUUUAUCACCCAUGUGUGUACGUAUGGAGGAGAGUACCUAUAGUUUAUUCUCACUAAAGGAGUAUUUGUUUAAUUUAUCGUAAUUCUCCCCUAGUGUAUCAUUUGGUCCAUCUUUUUCAUUGGUGAUCAGAAUCUAAAUUCCAUGUCCAGAUAUAUAUAUAUAUCUUAGCAUAACUUUUUAUCGCCCAAAUCACUUGUCUUUCCUCCGUGAGUUUGUUUUUGGUCUUGUUUUACCCAUAUCUUUGUUUUCUCAUAACCCACUCCCCUUCACCUUCACACUAAAUUGUAUUCCCUGCACAUGAAUAUAUACAUAACAUGUGUACACAGCUGUUUCUACGCAUACACCCUUCUCAAGCACACAAAAGCAUUUUGUGUGUGCACUGCAAUUAUUAAUAAUAAUAUUAUUAUUAUGACAUGUCUACUAACACCAUUAUUAUUAUUAUUAUUAUUAUUAUUAUUAUUAUUAUUAUUAUUAUUCAAAUAACAAUUAUUAUUGAAAACUAUGUUGUGUACAUUGGCUGUUAAGUGAAAAUGUGAACUCAAUAGUUUAAUUAAUUUAUUGUUGAUUCUUCCUUCUUACACCUUUCUUUAUCGAAGUGUUUUUUUCUAAUAAAUUAUUGAAUUAACCAAUAGAGUAUAUCAGUUUCCACAUGUUUAUUUUCCAAAAAAGGAAAGGCGUAUUGUUAUGCUGUUAGUAUUCUCCUCUCUCACUCACUCAUCCUCCUUCCCUUCUGAUGCAAAGUCAAUUUGAAUGUAUGUACAAGCGGAAUGACUGACAGUACAGAAGUCUUUUAUUCUUCAAAAUCAAAUAAAAACUAUUUAUUAUUAUAUCAGGUAUAUUUUAGAAAGGAAUUUGGUUUUUUAAUGUAAUGACCAUACUUUGUGGUUCUUCUUUCCCUUCUUAUGAUUUCUGUCCGAUUUUAACUAUUGUUAUUACUGGUGUUAAUGUUGCUAUUAAUAUUAUUAGUAUUUGGUUGCAAAUGAACGUUUCGUUUCCUUUUUAACUUCCUUCAGCUUUUUCUUACAAAAGGU